AUGGCGUGUGUCAGAUUGUGUCUUUGGUUUUGUUUUGUUUCUAAAGAGGGGCCGUAUGGGGUCUUUGCUGGAAGAGAUGCAUCCAGGGGCCUCGCCACAUUUUGCCUGGAUAAGGAAGCUCUGAAGGACGAGUAUGAUGAUCUUUCUGACCUCACUGCUGCCCAACAGGAGACCCUGAGUGACUGGGACUCUCAGUUCACUUUCAAGUAUCAUCAUGUGGGCAAACUGCUGAAGGAGGGGGAGGAGCCCACCGUGUACUCAGAUGAGGAAGAACCAAAAGAUGAGAAUGCUCGGAAAAACGAUUAAAGCAUUCAAGGAUGCAUAUCUAUUUUUGUAUUUUGCAGAAUCAUUUGUAACAUUCCAGUCUGUCUUUAAAAUGUGGUGAUUUCAAUAUUUAGAAGUUUUGAACUUGCUGUAAAUUUUUUUAAUUAACAUCACUAGUGACACUGAAAAAAUUAACUUCUUAGGGUGCAUGAUGUUUGUGUGUCAUAAAUGCAGAAAGUGAACUGCAGUGCUGUAACACAAAUGUUAGUGCUGUGUUUCUUCUAUCUUUAGUUAGUACAGGCUGAAUUUAAAUUUGUUUUUCCUGAAACAUGGGUAAGACUGGAGUAUUUCCCUCAAACAGGUAAAAAUGUAAAAUGUGUAAAGUCCUUCCAGCACUAAGAACAAAGGAUCAACUUUUAGUCAUGAUGUUCUCUAAAGUGAGUGAGUUCCUUAUUCUCAAUGGACUUAACUGCAUGAUUUCCAUCUCUAAAGCAAAUCUGCAGUGUCCCAAAGUCUUUGAUAUUCAUUAGAGAGAGCUAUCCAGUAAUAAAAUUAAAUCUCAAAGCUGGGCUUAGUUGGAAGAAAUACAUUAAUUGUUUCUAGACGGCAUCAUUGUCUUCCUUCAGACACUUGUCUUCCUUCAGACACUUGGACGCCCUCACUAACUGUUCUCUACAGUGAGGAUUAAAACACAAUCUGAACAUUCAAAAGAAAGCUUUGGGAAAAAUCAUCUGGCUUGCCUAAAAACCUAAAUACACAAACAUUAUAGGGCUGUUUUCCCAACCUCCAUCCAUGUUCAUGGUGCGGCAAUGGUUAUUUUACGUGAUUGACAUGAGGGGCAUGUAGAUCUGGUGUUUGCUCUCCUAAGAGCCUUCACACACCCCUGAAUAAUGAGGAAACAGUACACAUCAUUAGCUAAGUGGUUUUUCAUAAGGUGGUAACAGUUAACUCUUCUGUCAUGAAACGAGCCACUGCAAGAGUAGUUAGUCAAGUGUCUAGGUCUUUGAUAUUGAUCUUACGGUUAACAAUAAACUUAGCUUAAGUAGACUGUACAGGUACAGUUGUAUGAACUUGUAAAAGUGUUACGUGAACAACUAGUGAAGUUUCAAACUCUUGUAAUUGUAGUUGAAUAGUAUUUUCCUUGUAUUUUCUUGUGAACCAUGUUUAAUGGUUUUACCUCAAAUCAGAAAACAAAAUGAAGUGCUUUGGUCAGUUAAUAAAAUGGUUUUACCCAA